AUGAUUAUACGUAAAUUCGAAACAAAUCCUUUGAUUUAUUAAAACAAAAUUUCAAAUCAUUUUGAAGAUACAGAAAUUUCAAAAAUUAACAUUUUUGAGUAUUAAGCCAAUACUAUCUUUGAAGAUAGAAACAAGACGGGUAUAAAUGAAAAAAAAUUCUUUAGAGAAGUUAUGGGAGCUAUUAAUUAAUAAAUUAAAGUAACUGACCAUCCUUGUGGAUUAAUCUUACAAACAUUUUUAAAUUAUAUCAUAAAUUAUACUGGGCCUUAAGUUUGGUUUAGAGAUUUAUUCACAGAUUCUGAAGAAAAAAGAAUAACGCACUAUGAAAAUGUAAUCUAUUAAUGA